GAAGCCUGUCGCUAUGCCUGCUCACAAGUCCUUCAAGAUCAAGAAAAUUCUUGCAAAGAAAGCGCGUCAGAACAGGCAGAUCCCUCAAUGGAUUCGUCUAAGGACGGACAAUAAGAUCAGGUAUAACUCAAAGCGAAGGAAUUGGCGCCGCACCAAGCUCGGCCUUUAAGUUUGAUGGUUGUGUUCUCGAAGUGAGCUGCUGCGAUUCUAUGAUAUAAAAACCAGCGCGAC